UCUCCCGUCGUGCAUCUCGGUUGGACCGGAAGUGCUUUCUCGUGACCUUGGAGUGUCAGGUUGAGAGCAGGAGAAGACGCAGCAUGGCUGGGAACGAGCCUGGAGGUUUUCUGCAGCAGCUCAGGCAGAUCGCAGGCCGGAUGUCCGCUGGCAGUCCGAGAGGCGCCGGCAUCGGCCUUAAACUGCUCAUCGGUGCAGGAGCGCUGGCUUACGGCGUUAAAGAAGCUACAUACACAGUGGAAGGUGGACAGAGGGCCAUCAUCUUCAACAGAAUCGGCGGCAUGCAGAUGGACACAGUGCUGGCAGAGGGGCUGCAUUUCAGGAUACCAUGGUUGCAGUAUCCAAUCAUUUAUGACAUCCGUGCCAGACCUCGCAAGAUUUCAUCCCUCACAGGAAGCAAAGAUCUUCAGAUGGUGCACAUCGCCCUGCGUGUGCUGUCUCGGCCCGUGGCCUCCAACCUGCCCUUCCUCUACCAGCACCUGGGCCAGGACUACGACGAGCGGGUGCUGCCCUCCAUCGUCAACGAGGUCCUGAAGAGCGUCGUAGCCAAGUUUAAUGCCUCACAGCUCAUCACACAGAGAGCUCAGGUGUCUCUGCUGAUCAGGAGGGAGCUGAUCGAGAGGGCUAAAGACUUUAACAUCAUUCUGGAUGAUGUGGCCAUUACAGAGCUCAGCUUCAGCAAGGAGUAUACAGCUGCUGUAGAGUCCAAGCAAGUCGCCCAGCAGGAGGCCCAGAGAGCUCAGUUUUACGUAGAGAAGGCCAAGCAGGACCAGAGGCAGAAGAUCAUCCAGGCUGAGGGAGAAGCUCAGGCUGCUAAACUGCUGGGUGAAGCCGUAACAAAAAACCCUGGCUACCUUAAACUGAGGCGCAUCCGAGCCGCCCAGAACAUCGCCAAGACGGUGGCGACCUCGCAGAACAAAGUGUACCUGAAUGCAGAAAAUCUAGUGCUGAACCUGCAGGACAGCUCCUUCAACAAUUUGUCCCUGGGGAAAUGAGAAGCAUCGUUCCGGGGGAGUGUGUGCAUUCCGUGUGUCGAGCGUCUGUGCUGUAAUUAACAUCUGCCACAAACUGAAAUCUCUCAGCAGCGCCUGUCUCUGAGUGCAGGCUUUCCAGCAAGGGGUUGGGUGCCCUUUAAAACACACACGCGCACAAAUAUAUACAUACACACAUUUAGGGAGACACACGGUUUAAGCACACCACAAGGGUUUAUUAAAGAGUUCGAAGGUUACAUAAGAGUCUCAUCAUAACUUGUGGUUUAAUAUUAUGUAAUGAAGACUUCAUGUAGUAUCGGUGUAACAAAUCAAAGCAUCCAGUUAAGUAGUUGUUAACUGCACACUUACGUAUUCUUUAAUCUGGCAGUGUUUAUAAAGGCACUCAGCUGUUAGUUUCUGUUUACACAUUUGAUUUUUAGUUUGCUUUUGUCCCUGCUGUUUGUCCUGUGUUCAGGGACCAGAAGGCUCUUCUGCGGUGUGUAAUCUGGCAAAACACUCGAGCACUCAAUGGAAGUUUCAUUAAAUCUAUUGAUUUUUCAGACUAA